AUGCGAAAGGCAUGUGAUACUUGCCCAGCUUUAACACGUACUGGACUUACGUGCCCAAGUGGUGCCACCUGUACAACGGUUUCUCUACGUAAUGGCCAAUGCAAGGAAGCAUUUUGUCCUGAUGGUUUGAUGACUGCUGAUGGAGUACAAGUGACUUUCUUGACGUGUAAUCGUGAAGGGCAAUGGGUUGACGGUGCAGGAGUCGUUUACACAGCUGCACAGUGCGAAAUAUCUUGUGCGAACUGCGCAGCUUUAACCAAUAAUGGCAUGCCAUGUCCAACAGGGCGAAUUUGCGAGCUUACUGCUGAAAGACAAGCUUGCGAUCAGUGUACAGCAUUAGGAGUUGGCACAUGUCCUACAGGAUUUGUGUGUACUGCUGUCGUCACUGAAGCAGGUUAACA